UGCAGGAGUGGUCAGAAGCAGUGCGCUGGAUCAGCCGGGAACACCAGGAGAGACACUGCGGAGAACUCGGCCAACCAAGUUCCAGACACGCACAUCUUCAGCUGGACUUUAUGCAAGGUUUACAAUUAUGGACUUUUCCUAUUUUGCACUUAUUGCGCAACAGGACUCACGGAUCCGUUGAAUUUCGUGUCUAUCUUUUUUUCUUUAAUAUACAGAAAUAACAAUUUGCGCAUUUGGCGGUGAGUGCUGCUCUUAGUUUGGUAUGGAGGUACUGCAGAGGCAAGAUGAGUUCUGAUACAGAUCAUGCCGUGAACUUCUUGAGUAAUGCUUCCACCGAACUGUCCGACGUCUCCAAUUCGAGCUCCGCGGGCAACGGGACCGAACCGAGCUCGUUCAGCCUCAGCCGCGCGCUUCCACUGGGCAUGGUUCUGGGCGCUUUUAUUGUGUUUGCUAUCGUGGGCAACAUUCUCGUUAUUCUCUCUGUAGUGUGCAACAGGCACCUGCGCAUCCCGACCAACUACUUCAUCAUCAAUUUAGCCAUGGCAGACCUGUUGCUGAGCACAACCGUCCUGCCGGUGUCCGCCACGCGUGAAAUUCUUAACUACUGGGUGUUCGGGAGGAUUUUCUGUGACAUCUGGGCUGCGGUGGAUGUGCUGUGCUGCACCGCAUCCAUCAUGAGCCUGUGCGUGAUCUCCAUAGACCGCUACAUCGGGGUGCGUUACCCGCUGCAGUACCCGAGCAUUGUGACCGAGAAACGGGCGCUCUUGGCCAUGCUGGGUGUUUGGGUUCUCGCAUUUGUCAUCUCCAUAGGACCCCUGCUUGGGUGGAAAGAGCCUCCUUCGGAGGACGACACUGUGUGCCUCAUCACGGAGGAGCCGUUUUACGCGCUCUUCUCCUCGCUGGGCUCUUUCUACAUCCCUUUAGCGGUGAUUCUGGCCAUGUACUGCCGCGUGUAUAUAGUUGCCAAAAGAACCACGAAAAACCUCGAGGCUGGAGUGAUGAAGGAGCGCAUGGACUCCAAUGAGCUGACGCUCCGGAUUCAUUAUAAAGGCUCUCAGACGCAGGAUGACUGCAGCAAAGGCCACAUGAGGAGCUCGCUGACAGUCAAAUUGCUCAAGUUUUCUAGAGAAAAGAAAGCUGCUAAAACGCUUGGUGUUGUUGUGGGCAUGUUCAUCCUGUGUUGGUUACCAUUUUUCCUCGCUCUACCCAUCGGGUCGUUUAACACCAGUUUACGUCCUCCUGAAACAUUCUUCAAAGUGAUUUUCUGGCUGGGUUACUUCAACAGCUGCCUGAACCCCAUUAUUUACCCCUGUUACAGCCGUGAGUUCAAGCAGGCCUUCAUUCGGAUUUUGCGGUGCCACUGUCAGCAGAGAAAACAACAGGGCUGGAGGGCGUACAACUACCGCGUCCAGACGGGCUCGGGCAACCAAGUCUACACAGACACAAGCUCCAUUUGCAUGAACGGCAGUCAGCAGACCCUGGCCCCGGUACAACCCAGCCCAACGUUAUUCAGCUCUCGUCCAGCAUCAGGCCUUCUUCCAGGCUGGGGCCCUUGUACCUCCUCUUCCUCUUCCUCCCUAUCUGGGAGCCCUUUUCCUGGUACGAUGAGGUCCAGUACUAGGUCGAUGAGUCCUUGCAAAACUAACAGAAUGGCUUUGCUGUUUUCCAGUGGGUCGCAGCAUGUCAACGGACAGAAUGGGAAGCGAGAAACAGAGCAUGGGUCGAUAUCUAGACACACACCGGAGACUACAAUCUAGUGACUUUCAUGCUAGUGAUUUCUCCGUCUCGCAGUUCUUUCUGGACGGAUCUGAUACAUUAUUCUAGACGUGAAAUGCAUUGGGCAACUUCUCAUGCAUGUCAACAUUGUUUGAUUUGAGAGUUGCUGUUCCUCUGUACGAAAUUAUCUACAGGCAGCCAGUAAUUAUUGCAAAAAAAAAGCCAAACCAGGUGAUUAGGACGCAUAUGCGAGUAAGUAAAUAAAUGUACAUGAAAUAUUUAUUUGAGUUGAUAUUAUGUUAUCUGCAUAUUGUCUUAAAGCUUAUGCUAAGAACAAAAAUGGUCUAUUGCAAUAUACAAAUCAACUGAUCGAGCAACAAGACAAACACUACAACAAUAAAGUAAUAUGUGAACAUUAAAGUCCUCUGAGGUAAUUUUCACUGCAAUCAACAGCUAAAAUGCACAAGUGCCAAAAUUGCGUUUGCAUAAAACAUCAUUUACUGACCCUCAUGUCGUUCCGAACCCAGAAGGCCGACAAAAAUAGUACUCUUGUGAACGCACGUCAAAGACUGACCAAGAAAAAAAGAUAUUAUUGAAUGAAGAUGCACAUAAAGUAUUCUCGUAGCUUUGUAAAAUUAAGGUUGAUGUCACACUGAUGUCACAUCAACUAUUUUAAGGAUGUCCUUUCUAUCGUUCUGGGCCUUGAAUGUAGUAGUACAGUUGCAGGGUCAGAAAGCUCUUGGAUUUCAUUCAGAAUAUCUUAAUUUGUGUCCCGAUGAUUAACAAAGAAGGUCUUACAGCUUUGGAAUGACAUGAGGGUGAGUAAUUAAUGACAGAAUUUUUCAUUUUUAGGUGAACUAACCCAUGCGUGAUGGCGAAUAGUGCAACUGUUCCCAAUUGCUAUUUCAUUUGCUUCUACUUUCCCAUAGGGAUUUUUGAAAUUUCUCUCUUAAAAUACAUAGACCAAACCAACCAGCUAUGAGGUGAAGUACAUUACAAACGUCAAUUUGAGGCAAAAAUGUGUUUGAAAAUUGCACAAGACUGUGUAUCUAAUAGCUUUAUUAAGGGAAAAAAUCCAAUGAUGUAUUGGUAAUGACAUAAUCAAAUUAAAAACAAUAGAUAAUUAUUCAUUUAAAUGCUGAUAAUACAUACAAACAAUAUAUUUUACAUUUAUUACAAAAUAUUCAUAUAGUUGAGACUGAAUUCGCAGUACUUCAUGGGAGUGGGUGAGUGUAAAGAGUUCUUUGGCAUGCUUGGUUUGUUGCAGUUCUCUAAUUGGUGGAGAUUUCUUUACAGCAGUGGUUCCCAACCACGUUCCUGGAGGCCCCCCAACACUGCACAUUUUGCAUCUCUCCUUUGUCUGACACACCCAGUUUAGGUCUUGGAGCAAAGCCACUGGAUGGCUAGCCUGCAACCAUUAGCAGAACAAGAGUAACUGCUAAAGCUAACACUUCCGCUCUGGCAGUAUGUGGGAAAGGAGACCAGAGGCUGUUUUCUUUGAAUGGAUGUCAAUGGAAGAGAGGCUUCACUAUGCUGAAUAAACAGCUUUUAGAGGAAAUGACUUAUCAUUUAAUGAAUCAACAGCCUACCUGCUAAUCUUCAACAUGUUUUACACUAAACAAUACUUUUGGAUUAAACUAUUUUUAGAAUUUACCACAAAAAAUGCUGUUUUAUAAGAGAAGUCACUGACUUUUUGCGACAGGUGGGAUUCAGCUUACGGCACUUCUCAUUCAUUCCUAUGGUAUCCGAUUGAGUGUCGCACAACUAUGACUGAAAUUCAGUGACAUCAAGGCUGUAAUGUGAUUGGUUAUUAAGGGACACGUGAUCCAAAUUAGCCGUUACGCUUUCUCAAAUAGUAAAUAAUACGGACCCUUUCAUCUGCCUAUGGUAAGACAGUCUCUGCUUGGAGUCUCUACUACUGAACUGAUGAUCUGAAUCAGGUGUGUUUGAUCAAGGAGACAUGGAAAACAUGCAGUUUUGCUGGGCCUCCAGGAACGUGGUUGGGAACCACUGUUUUACAGGAUCAUGAAUAAUGUAAUUUUUCAUCACUGUCAAAUAUGAUUAUAUAACCUGAUCAUACAUACAUAUUUUACGAGGUGGCUAUUUUGUACAAAUUCAGACAUUUUGUGAGAAAUGUAUACGUUUUGUGAGAAUUCAUACGUAUUUUAUGAGGUCCAAAACCCCGCCCUUAAACCUACCCCUCAUGGAAAACAUACAAAAUCACUCGACUGAGCUUGUACGUAUUUGUACGAAUUAGCCACCUCAUAAAAUAUGUACGAAUUGGUCAUGAGAUAGCAUUAGAUUUAAAAAAAAAAUCAUGCAGGCUGAUGGCUUCAGCGUGAAUUACUCACCUUCAUGUCGUUCCAAACCUGUAAGACCUUUGUUCAUCUUCAGAACACAAAUUAAGAUAUUUCUAAUGAAAUCCAAGAGCUCUCUGACCCUGCAUAGACAACAACACAACUUACAUGUUCAAGACCCAGAAAGGUAGCAAGGAAAUUGUUAAAAUAGUCCAUGUGACAUCAGUGUUUCAACUGUAACUUUAUGAAGCUAGGAGACUACUUUUUGUGUGCAAAGAAGACAAAAAUAAUGACUUUAUUCAACAAUUUCUUUAGUGAACACGGCAACUGCGCUCAGAUCUGUGCCAAAACAAUCGGUCCAGGAUCGCCUGAACGAGGUGGUCUCAGCUAGAUUGAAAAUGAACUCUGGAGCGGCUCAGUUGUAGUGAGAAAACAAUCCGAUCCAACUGACCAACGAACCAGGUUAUAUCACGAUGUAUGAAGGGAAAUUACAGUUCCAUGAAAAGCAGUAGCUUUGUUGUUUUACUAAUACCUCUUAAAAUGAACCUGUGAAUGUCUGUUUGUUGGCAGGUCUUUGACAUUCAAAAUCAAAGCACGCCUUCCCUGGUGAAAAAAACAGCAUAUGCUGGUAGGUAUGUUUUGGUGCUGGUUUAAGCUGGUCCUUUGCUGGUUUAUGCUGGUCCUUUGCUGGUUGAUGCUGGUCUUUGACCUGCAACAUGACCAGCAUAAACCAGCAAAGGACCAGCAAAGGACCAGCUUAAACCAGCAUCAAAACAUACCUAACCAGCAUCCCAGCAUCAAAACAUACCUACCAGCAUAUGCUGGUUUUUUAACCAGGGUUUUCAUUUUAUAAUGCUGUCUUAUUGCUCUCCUUGUAGUAGGUGCAUUAUAAAAAUGUUUUCCCAACGAAUUCUGAACUCCUGGUCAAAAUUAUAAAGCUGUUGUUGUUCCAUCCUGACGGAUAACAGCGUGGAAUCAUGGAAAGUAAACUGUAGAACGUAGAGGACGGUUUACUUGCGCAUGACUGGUAUUAACACAUUCGAUCCGUUUAAAAACUUUGCCGUAUGAAAGCGAACUGCGCCAAGAAUAAAAAGCAACAUUGUAAUAAUUUUAAUCCCUGUUUCAAAACAAAGCAAUCGAUCUACAUGUGUGAAAGCAUCCUUUGACGUGAACUUUUACAAUAGUACCACUAUUUCAACUGAACGGGUCUCCUGAAUAAGCACUGAAGACUGAUACGGAAGAGAAGAAAUCUGUAUUUUUUGUACACAAAAAGUAUUCUCAUAGCUUCAUAACAUUAGGGUUGAACCACUGAUGUCAUAUGGACAAUUUUAUCAAUGUUCUUACCACCUUUCUGAAGAUGAACGAAGGUCUUACGGGUUUAAAAUGGGAUGAGGGUAAUGACAGAAUUUUCAUUUUUGGUUGAACUGUCUCUUUCAAGGUUUAAAAGUUAGAGGUAAAAAUCAGUUUUCCUAUGGAGAAAAUAAAUGGGAUAUUUAUUUCUGGAACCUUGCACUCUAAGACUAUAUAGCAGUGUUUACUAUAUUUUUCUUCAUUUACAAUGGUAAUUAUUGCAGAAAUGCAUCAUCACAGUCUGUGAAAAAUCUCUGUCCGUUCCAGAGACAGAUGGGUUGGAAAUCUGGGGUUUUCAGAAAUACCAAAAUCACUACUUUAUCAUCAAUACAUAUGUAUUGUUGUGUAUAUACUGUUUUAAAUUUGUAGAUUGUGAAGAGUCUAUAUUUGGCCUGUUUGAUUGUAGUGGCUAUGAUUGUAGUAACGUUUGCAUGAAUAAAGGGAUCAGCUCUGCACCUGGACUUGCUGUGCACAGCUGUGAGCAGCACUGAUACAACUCAGUAUGACUUGCUCACUGGUCUGUUCACCUCAUUUAUUUAUUUCCCUUUUUGAUCUUCAUGUUAUUCUUCAGGUUGUGUGUCAGUUUUAUAAUAAUGCUUAUUGGACUGGUCCAGUUAGAUUGACAGUUAUGACGCCUUGUGAUGUCCAGUUCAAAAGGUGAGGGAGUUGAAGAUGUCAGAUGUCUAAACUGAGCUUGGUUUGGGGUCAUUACAGCACACUUUUUAACAAAUGAAUGGAUGGCAUGAAAAGCUAAUGUUUGACUGAACUCAAGGUACAAACCAACAUAUUAUGUGUGCUUUGAACCAGCAAAUUGGAUUCUUUCAAGGUGUAAAUGUGUUAUACAAGCAGACUUUGUACUUAAUAAGAAAAUGUGGUCAUUGGUUCUACAUUUACUGUUCAAAUCAGUGGGUAUAAAAGGAAAAUAUAUUUCAAUUUAAUUCAGCCUUGAUUUGUUUGUUUUGUGUUACAGAAAAGUUUCCAAGGCAAACAUCAGUGCUUUAUUAGCAAAAAAAAAAGAAUGUGUGCGUUCCUCCUGAUAUGUUUUUCUCCUUCACACUUGUACAUCUUAUUUACUAAGUGGACCAUAUCAAAUUUGUCUCCCUAUAUUUAGAGUGUUAUAUUGUGUGCUAUAGUAAAUAAAGACUUAUUUUCCUUUCUCUCAAGACAAGUGCAUAAUGAAGAAAUAAAUUUCAUUUGUGAAGGUC